AUCCAAGAGGGAUAAAAAGCUCUGAAAAAUACCUACCUCCAUAUCAAAAAACGAGCUCAAGCAAUAGGAAUCAAAAGAGGGGUUUUAGAGAAGGAAAAGUGAAGGAAAGUGUGGAGAAAAAACGAGCUCAAGCAAUAGGAAUCAAAAGAGGGGUUUUAGAGAAGGAAAAGUGAAGGAAAGUGUGGAGAGAUUAAGGGGCUUGACUGAAGUGUUUCUAGAGUUCGUCGGAGUUUCACCGAAGUUCGCCGGAGCUUCGCCGGAGUUUCGUCGGAGUUCAACUAAGGAGAGUAGAAUCUUCUUAAAGCUCAUUUGAGGUUGAAGCUAGAGCCUGUUGUCUACACAUUUGCACGGGAUGAAAGAAUCUAGAGGAAGACGUGAAAUGGAGGGUAGACGUAUGUCGACGAGGAACAAGCCUAGGGGACUAGCUGCGGGAGCCUCUGUGAGGGCUAGCCGAGCCACAUCCCUUGGCUCUAGGGGGAGAAGAGGAGGUCGUGUAGGCCGUGGGGGCCACCAUGCCCAAACAGUGAGUGAUGACCACGUGAGCUCGGUGUAUGAGACUAACACCCAGAACUAUGAUCCAACUUUCGUUCUGGAAACGGAACAUGAGGAAACCCCAUAUGAUGGGGGCGAUUUCCACACGGAUGAUGAUGACGACAAUAGUGAAAGUGAUGCCCGUUUUGCUCAGAUGGGUGAGCUAUUUGAAUGGUAUCAAAAGGAAAAGGUGAGGAGGGAUCUUAGACGCCAAGCUAGGCGUGCCUCUCAAGGCGGAUCGGGCCAAGGGAGCCGGGGGGCUUCAAGGGCUGUUUCAGGGGCAUCUCGGGAUAGACGUGAGGGAGAUUUCUGUGUGAGGAUCUCCAAAUACCUCAAGGAGGCUAGAGCCUUGGGGUGCAGGUCCUUCGACGGCACCGGCGAUAUUACCGUUGUCACCGAUUGGAUAAAGAAGGUGAAAGAUGCAGCUAGAGACAUGCAAAUAACACCUGACAUGAAGUUGACCGUUGCUUCACGUUUGCUUGAAGGGAUAUCUUCUACAUGGUGGGAGAGUGUGGAAGGAAAGUACCGUGGGAACAUCUCAUGGGCAAGCUUUGAACAGGAGUUCUACGCCCAAUACUACUCGGACUAUGAGGUGAAUGUGAAGCAUAGAGAGUACACGAACCUCAAACAGAAGGAGGGCGUGAUCGUCAAGCAAUUGGAGCAAGAGUUUAGAACCUUGGCUAGGUUCUUACCAGAGUAUGCGGCCGAUGAGGACCGCAUGACCGAACACUUUUGGGAUGCCCUACUGUUGGACAUCCGUGAUCGGGCCACAUACUCACGCCACAUGACUUUUAGUGAAGUAGUGGAGCAGGGCAUGCUUGGGGAAACCCAAUGGAAUGAUUGAAAGGAAAGGGACGCCGAGGAGGCGAAAAAGAGGAAGUGGAACAAUCUGGAGCAACCCGACCAUUCACGGAAGAACAACCACGACGGUGGUGGUUCAUUUAGACCACCGGCGCCGCCGGCAAAGAAGAGUAAGGAUGCAAGGUGGCACGGACCCAGGCCACAGAAUCCGGGGGCACCUAGAUGCCCCAAUUGCACCAAACAACACUUUGGGAAGUGCAAUGAACCACCGAGGUGUUUCAAGUACGGGAAUGCGGGCCAUAUGAAGGCCAAUUGCCCUCAAUUGACUCAAGGAAAUGCAUCGGGAGCCGGAGGAGGGGCCAUGACGGGGAGGAACCGUGCAGGACCGUCACACGGUGGCGCGGGAAGAGGCGGCGCGUCAACGAGCAACGCCGCGUCCGUUAACCAAGGCGGGGCCCAAGCAAGGGUCUGCGCGAUGACCGAGGCCGAUGCUCGGGCCAACCCCGACUCCGUUGCAGGUAAUCCCUUGCCAAUGCUUGAUAAAAUACGUGUAUUAAUGUGUUAGAAGUGAUAACGGGGUUGUACGGGCCGGCCAGUGACCUUGCCGAUAGGGACGUGACACACAUAGAAGUUGAUUACACACACGAGACCACAAAUCAUGAUACUCAAUCGCACGAUUCUAAUACUCAAUAACGGAGGUUUGAUGAUCACUGGAAAUGUCUUGAUGCUGAACGAACAAAACUUACAAUUUUCAUAUCAAUGCUCAUCUU